AUGAUGAUGAUGCGAUAAAAAAUUUCGUCGUAAAAUUAUUCGGAUUUUUUUAAUAGUAGGGGGUUAUCUGUUGAGUAUAUUCGUUGUCAUUAAAUAUAUAAAUACCAUGUGAUGCUCAUUGGGGCAUCGCAGUCAACACAUCACUGACAUUAAAACAAGAUCUCAAACAUCUACUAUUACCUACUAACAAUGAACUUCAACGUGAUACUGUUUGUGAUAUCCUCUUUAAGUAUUGCAUUAAGUGCUCGCCUGGAAAACCUUUACGUGGCACCACAUGCUGCUGCAUAUUCUGGAGCAUCCACUGGAUUUGAACCAGCUCAUCAGCAAAUACCCAUCUUACGAUACAGCAGCGAUAACACAGAAGAUGGUAACUACAGAUACGCCUACGAAACUGGUAAUGGAAUUUCUGUCCAAGAGAAUGGCCAUGUUUCUGGAUCAGUACCAGAAGGUCCAGCGGUGGUAGCUGAUGGUGGUUAUUCUUAUACGGGAUCAGAUGGGCAGACUUAUAGUAUUUCAUACACUGCUGAUGAAAACGGUUUCCGACCUGUUGGAGCUCACAUUCCCACCCCUCCUCCAAUCCCAGAAGCUAUUGCUAGAUCGUUGGCAGAAAAUGCAAAAAGCGGUGAUGAUGGUGAUGAUGGCCAAUAUCGGCCAUCUGUUGGUAAUAGGUACUGAUUCGAAAUAAAUUUAUUAUAUCAAGGAUUGAAGCUCCAUGAAUUGUUCAUGUGCAGAUAUUCUCACUGUUACCUGCCUAUGUAAAUAAAACAAUU